CUUUGCACUCCUGCGGAGGAGCCAGCCUUUAUCUGCAAUGACAGGGAAAUCCGUGCGGGAUGUGGAUAGGUACCAGGCUGUCCUUGCCAACCUGCUGCUGGAAGAGGAGAACAAAUACUGUGCAGACUGUCAGGCGAAAGGGCCGCGAUGGGCCUCCUGGAACAUUGGUGUCUUCAUCUGCAUCCGCUGUGCUGGAAUACACCGGAACCUGGGGGUCCACAUAUCCCGCGUCAAAUCUGUCAAUCUGGACCAAUGGACACAAGAACAAAUACAGUGCAUGCAAGAAAUGGGAAAUGGGAAGGCGAAUCGCCUUUAUGAAGGUUACCUGCCUGAGAACUUCAGACGACCCCAGACAGACCAAGCAGUGGAGAGCUUUAUCAGAGACAAAUAUGAAAAAAAGAAGUACAUGGACAGAAGUCUUGAUAUCAACGUGUUACGGAGAGAAAAGGAUGAAAAGUGGAAGAAGGAAGCAGCUACUGAAAGAAAAAUGGAGCCAGUUAUCUUUGAGAAGGUCAGAAUGCCUCAGAAGAAAGAGGAUCUUGAGACUACAAAAAGCCUUUCCAGACCCUCAGAGCCAGUCAUAGACCUGCUGGGACUUGAUGUUCCUGUUUCAGCUUCCCUCCCCAACGGAAGAGCCAGCAGCUGUUUGGAGAAGGACCUGGACCUGUUUGGAUCCAUGGGUGCUGAGAGAAAGGUUGUUGGCUCAAUGCCCACAGCUGGAAGUGCUGGAUCCGUUCCUGAAAGGCUGAAUCUGUUCCCCGAGCCCGACAGCAAGGCCGAGGAGACAGGGAAGAAGCAGCUGUCCAAGGAUUCCAUCCUGUCUUUAUACGGCUCCCCUACCCCACAGAUCCCUGCACAAGGAGCUGUGUUCCUAGCGCCAACCCAAAUGGGCUAUCCUGCCGCGUAUCCCAAUUUCCCGGGAAUAGCACCGCCGAGCGGCAUGAUGGCGCCCCCAGUCGGGGUGAUGGCUCAGCCAGGAGCAGCAGCAGCAGGCAUGGCGGCACCCAUGGCCAUCCCAGCGGGUUACGUAGGCGGCAUGCAGACAGCAGUCAUCGGGGUCCCCAAUGGGAUGAUGGCAACACAGCAAGCUGGGUACAUGGCUGGCAUGGCACCAGUCCCACCACCAGUGUAUGUUGUACAGCCAGCUCACCAAUUACAGUGGAACCUUGCUCAGGUGACGCAGCAAAUGGCAGGGAUGAACUUCUGUGGCACAAACGGGGUGAUGCGCUAUGGACAGUCGAUGGGCAGAGGGGGUGCCCCGGGUACCAAUCAAGCCCUCAGUUCCCAGGUGUGGAAAUAGCACAUCUGGAUUUGGACCAUUUCUCCCUUCAUUUUUAGCUUCGGCUCUCUCGUUUUUGUUUUCCCAGUUCAGUAUUAAACAUCAGUUACUCCCUGA